CCGAUUCGGUUUUUGUAUCAUCGGUGAAUAUGGACUCUACUCAUGAAACAGCACAGAAACUGUCUAUAACUGAGGAGAAAAAAACAGAUGUUGAAUUCGCCAGUCAGGCAGAUUCGUGUUCAGAAAGCUCCGAACAAAAUGUGCCUCAAAGAAGGCGCCGCUUUCCUAAAGUGAAACCCAAACCAAAUUUGGGAUCAUCCCCCAGAUCCACCCAGCCAAGAGCUCAGCUAAAAUGCCUCAGCAAAUCCUCUAACCAGCUCUGUAAAGAUAGUUCUUCAAAUGCAACCUCAGAACAACAACAAUCUGUCGAACAGAACAGUGCAAAAACUCAAGUAGAAUCUGCAGAGACAGACUCCCAGCACCUGACACCAUCACAUUCUUCUUUAAAUAUAGAGCUCAGUUCAGCAAACGCUGGAAAUGCAGAGUCUGAGAAAUCCUUAGGCAGCACAAAUGAGAAGGAUGCACAGUCUGACAGCAUUGUCAUGGCAACAUCUUGGGUUGCUGAGAGUGAGACAAUGUUCACAGACUCAGUUUCUGAAAAUAAAACUAAUACGAGGCCUCCGGUGGAAGAAUCCACAGGUGGCUGUAUCUCAAACCAGGACAAAGUGGAGACACUGGACACUGAAGCAGCUUCACUAUGUAACACUGAGCAAGAGAUAAACAGUAGGACCGCAGGGUCAAACACACAACCAGUAGGAGAUCCAAGCACAGUCUCCAUUGUGCAGCAUUCACAUGAUGUCUCUGCACUGACAACUAAAGCAGAGUCCAUACCAGAAAACAUCCAGCAGUCACAGUCAGAAAUUCAUUCUGACAUACGAAGUCAAGAUGCAGCACAACAUCGCUCUGAAACAAAUGAAACAAAACAAGCAAACCAAGACAAAUGUCCUCCCCAUGAAAGCUUCAGUGAAACUCAGGAUGUACCAGCUGACUCCUCCAAGACCUCAAGAAAGCCUCAAACUCAGAGGGGCCGCUUUAUUAAACCGAAACCCAACCUGGGACGCAGCAGUCGACCUCAACGACCCCAAAGCAAAACUGAAAACAUGACAGACUCUGCUGUUUGCUCAGACAAUGCAGAUGCUUCCGAUUCCCAGAAAGCUGUCUCUGAACUUCGCUCUGAUGUUCAGGUGACACUAGAGGCAGCUAAAGAACAAGUUGGAGGUCUACAUGUUCCUCCCAAUGAUGCAGGGUCCACUUUGGGUGACUUGACCCAAGUACAUGACAGUUCAGCCCAGUCUUUCCAGGAUGCAACCACAUCAAGCACCAUGGAGACCCUAAAUUACCAAAGUCUGUCCAUAUUUCAAGAGAUCCUAACAGAGCAGGUUCCCUCAGAUCCAGAUGAGCCAUUUUUUGUCCUCUCUCUGACUGCGAUCCCAGUCUGCCCAUCAGGGGAGGUGCUAGACACUGUGUCUGAGCCUUAUCGUCCUGUAACAGAUGUGCUAGCACAACAAGAGAGCAGUGGUCCUGGAGAGACCGUCACAGCAGGGAGUGAUGGGUCUUUCGCCAACAUUCAUGUACCGACAUCUACAGAGGCAAGCAAUGAAACAGACCUCAUCAGUGGGAAAGAAACUGGGCCAGAUCCAGCUGUGAGUGAACAGAACUUACUCAUGGAAAGGCCAGAGAAUCCACAAGAUGGUAGUUCAGCCCAACCACCAAACUUACCGGACGCCACAGAGAAUACCCAGGAGUCUGACAACCCUCUGACAAAACGGAGACAAACUGGAAGAAGAGCCAAACUCCAGGUUAAGCCCAAAACUGCAAGAAACAGGCAAGUCAGAAACAAAGAAAGCCUCACUGUCGAGGAAGCUAAUAAACCUCUGCAAACAAACACCACCCAAGAUGCAGAGAUUCCUAGACCCUCUGUGCAGCCAGAAGCAACUGAUUCAACAGCGAAAACAUGGAUUGAGAUUAUUAGUGAUUCAGAGGAAGAAAGUGGAGAUCGUCUAGUCACUGAAAAGAGUGGAAAGGCUGUUGAAGAUCGUAGUUCUGGAGCACAAAGCAAGACUGCAGAGUCCAGAGGGAAAAGGCAGACUAGAAAAUCCAAAAACGUCCUUCCUGUUAUUUCUGAGACAAACAGCACUAAACAACCAAGUGAUCCUCCACAAGCUAAAGCAUCCACUCGUAGUAAAGUCAAAGCUCCACGUGCUGCAAGAAGAAGGACAACUCCACCUGCUGUAGCUUCAACAUCACAUGAUGUGGCUUACUCAACCGUUCCAGAGGAAACCCACUCACCAGUCUCUGCCACACCACCAUCACAAAUACAAAUGGAUGUCCAGCAGAGUGAAGAUCACAGCCAGCCACUCUCAGACACAGCUCCCAGUACUUCUGAGUGCACAGCCGAGGUUUCAUCCACCCAGCAAAGUGACUGGAUGGAGAGCAGCCAAGUGGAUGACGAGCCCACCAGUGUUUCUCAGUAUUUCUUAAGUGACAUUUUUACAGAUGUGGAAGAUGAAUAAAAGCCACGUAGAGAUGGGAGCGAGAAGAGGAACCUGCCAGGGACCUGCCUUUAACAGAAUUUGUUUCUUUAAACUCGAACUGUAUAGGUUAAUUUAUAACAAAAUGAGUAUUUUUUGGUAUGUCCUUUGGAAUCAAGUGAAGUUAAAUUCACUUUGAGAAACACAUAAUUCCAGUAGCACGUUGUUUAUGUUCAGUACUUACAAAUGCAUUGUUGCAUCCAUUAGCUCAUAUUCAAAACCAAAACAGACAAAUCACAUGUUCGACUGAAAGAGGCAGCAGUUUUGUGUAAAAUGUGGAAGUUUUUCUUUCUUUUUUAAAAAUGAUUAUUAUUAUUAUUAUUAUUAUUAUUAUUAUUAUUAUUAUUAUUAUUUCAUAUAUACAUAGGAAAAUGUAAAUAUUGUACAAUAAACUACCCCCAUGCUAUAUGCUUUGAAUACAGACCACACCAUUGGUCUCAGGAAUAUACCAUACACACAUGUACAGUUGUACAGUUGAUUUAAUGCCUUUGUUUUAAUGCCAUUUUUAUUUUUUUGUGCAACUUUUCUCACAACAGUAUAAUCUAAAGCAUUUUUCUAAAAUGUUUUCUUUUAAACCUCAGAGACGUCAGGAGCAGACAUUUGUAUUUGGUUAGAAUAGGUUCUGGUACAUGUCUAUCAGCAGUAAAAGAGGAAGAUGUUUUAUUGUACUGAAUAUAGGAUGUUGAAAAGGUUGUAGAUAUUGGAGUAUCUAAGAAGCCUCUGAAGUCUCAAAGUGUGACAUAUUCUGUGCACACAUGAUUUAAAAAAAAAUCAUUUGGGACUUCAGGGCCAAUUUUGCUUUCAGUUUAUUGCAUUUGAUACUUGAAAUAAAACCACAUCAGUUGUGUAGCAACAAUAAAAUAUCCAUUUCUGUCAGAUAA